UAUAAGGUGUCAGGACGUGGCGGUCUAUUUCUCCAUGGAGGAGUGGGAGUAUGUAGAAGGACACAAGGAUCAGUACAAGGAUCAGGUCAUGAUGAAGGAUCAGCAGCCCCUCACAUCACCAGUCAGAUCCAGUAAGAGAACAGCACCAGAGAGGUGUCCCCGUCCUCUUCUUCCACAGGAUGAUCAGGGUGAAGAUCUGAACAAUAUUAAAACUAUAGAGACAGAUGUGAGCGGUGAUAAGCAGUUUAAGGAGAACUUUCCUACAGAGAAAGAUCUGAUCUAUAUUAAUGCUACAGACAUAAAGGAAGAAGAAGAGACAGAUGUGAGCGGUGAUGUGCAGUAUAAGGAGGACAUUCCUACAGGGGAAGUUCUUAUCUAUAUUAAUGCUCCAGAGACAAAAGUGAGCCGUAAUAAGCAGUAUGAGGAAAACAUUCCUACAGGGAAAGAUCUGAUCUAUAUUAACGCUACAGACAUAAAGGAAGAAGAGGCAGAUGUGAGCAGUAAUGAGCAGUAUAAGGAGGACAUACCUAUAGGGAAAGAUCUGAUCUAUGUUAAAACUACAGACAUAAAGGAAGAACAAGAGACAGAUUUGAACUGUGAUGAGCAGUAUAAGGAGGACAUUCCUACAGGGAAAGAUCUGAUCUAUAUUAAUGCUACAGACAUAAAGAAAAAAGAAGAGACAGAUGUAAGCGGUGAUGAACAGUAUAAAGAGGACAUUCCUACACGGAAAGAUCGGAUCUAUAUUAAUGCUACAGACAUAAAGAAAGAAGAAGAGACAGAUUUGAGCAGUGAUGAGCAGUAUAAGGAGGACAUUCCUACAGGGAAACAUCUGAUUUAUAUUAAUGCUACAGACAUAAAGAAAGAAGAGUCAGAUGGGAGUGGUAAUGAGCAGUAUAAGGAGGACAGCCCUACAGGGAAAGAUCUGAUCUAUAUUAAUCCUACAGACAUAAAGGAAGAACAAGAGACAGAUGUGAGCAGUGAUGAUCAGUAUAAGGAGGACAUUCCUACAGGGAAACAUCUGAGCUCUAUUAAUGCUACAGACAUAAAGGACCAACAAGAGACAGAUGUAAACAGUGAUAAGCAGUAUAAGGAGGGCAUUUCUACAGGGAGAGAUAUGAUCUAUAUUAAUGCUACAGACAUAAAGAAAGAGGAAGAGACAGAGAUGAGCAGCGAUGAGCAGUAUAAGGAGGACAUUUCUGCAGGUAACUGCCCAGAUUCUUGUACCAGGAGAUCAGAGGAGAAUCUUAUAUCUUCAGAUUAUAAAGCAGAUGAUGAUAUCACACAAGAUACAUAUGAAGAACAUUCCAUUAUCCCAGAUACACCCUCAGCCCUUCACAGCCAAGAUCUGUCAUCUCAUCCUUAUAUACAGGUCCUGUCUUCUCAGUCAUCACAGGAUGUUCAGCAAAAUAAUGGUUACAGAAGGAAUGAUGGACAUCAAAGAGAUCAAACAGGGGAGAAGCCAUUCUCGUGUUCAGAAUGUGGAAAAUGUUUUAGCCUUCAAUCAAAUCUUGUUCAACAUCAAAGAACUCACACAGAGGAGAAGCCAUUUUUAUGUUCAAAAUGUGGGAAAUGUUUUACCCAGAAAUCCUAUCUUGUUGAACAUCAAAGAACUCACUCAGGGAAGAAGCCAUUUUCAUGUUCAGAAUGUGGGAAAUGUUUUACUCAGAAAUCAGACCUUGUUCAUCAUCAAAGAACUCACACAGGAGAGAAGCCAUUUUCAUGUUCAGAAUGUGGGAAAUGUUUUCCUUUUAAAUCAGGUCUUGUUGUACAUCAAAUAACUCACACAGGAGAGAAGCCAUUUUCAUGUUCAGAAUGUGGAAAAUGUUUUAGUCAGAAAUCAGGCCUUGUUCAUCAUCAAAAAAAUCACACAGGAGAGAAGCCUUUUUCAUGUUCACAAUGUGGGAAAUGUUUUCCUUUUAAAUCAGGUCUUGUUGUACAUCAAAGAACCCACACAGGGGAGAAGCCAUUCUCGUGUUCAGAAUGUGGAAAAUGUUUUAGUCUUCAAUCAAAUCUUGUUCAUCAUCAAAGAACUCACACAGAGGAGAAGCCAUUUUUAUGUUCAAAAUGUGGGAAAUGUUUCUCUCACAAAUCAGGUCUUGUUAAACAUCAAAGAACUCACACAGAGGAGAAGCCAUUUUCAUGUGCAGAGUGUGGGAAAUGUUUUACCCAGAAAUCCUAUCUUGUUGAACAUCAAAGAACUCACACAGGGAAGAAGCCAUUUUCAUGUGCAGAAUGUGGGAAAUGUUUUACUCAGAAAUCAGACCUUGUUGUACAUCAAAGAACUCACACAGGCGAGAAGCCAUUUUCAUGUUCAGAAUGUGGGAAAUGUUUUACUCAGAAAUCAGACCUUGUUCAUCAUCAAAGAACUCACACAGGAGAGAAGCCAUUUUCAUGUUCAGAAUGUGGGAAAUGCUUUCCUUUUAAAUCAGGUCUUGUUGUACAUCAAAGAACUCACACAGGAGAGAAGCCAUUUCCAUGUGCAGAAUGUGGAAAAUGUUUUAGUCAAAAAUCAGACCUUGUUGUACAUCAAAGAACUCACACAGGAGAGAAGCCAUUUUCAUGUGCAGAAUGUGAAAAAUGUUUUGCUGAUCAAUCACAUCUUGUCAGACAUCAAAGAAUUCACACAGGGAAGAAGCCAAUUUAGAGUAUAAUAUAUUAACAAUGUGCACAGGAUAGUUGACAGAUAUAUAAUUAUUUUUUUCCUUGUUUUUUAUUUCAACAACAAUUAAACAAUUAUACAUUCCAUAGAAAAUCACAUUUCCAUUUUUCUUUGUCAAUU